UACGCGCGUGAUACGCGGACGUACGCGUCGCGAUUGUGCGAGAGAGAGAUCGAGCUGCUGUAUGUCGUCGGUCCGCUGAUUUCCGUGACGGCAGUGAGGUAUACGCGCGAAACGAUUCGUGAUCUUGAGCGACCCGGAGAGGGAUCGCGGGAUGUCAAGCGCGCGUCGUAGGAUUACGUGCAACGUAAACACACGCACGUACGUAAACGUUCGUGCGCGCGCGCACGCGCGAGCAAGCGAUCAGCCAGGCAGACGUUGAAGCGUACAAAGCAGCAUCUCGCGAUCAAGUGUAUAGUCGGCGGUCGGUGUGGUGCCCGACAAUCAAUCGCCCGACAGACGAAGUGAACUGAUUGCAUACUGACGCGCCAGACGGCCCGAAAAUUACCGCGCGAAGUGAGGAAACGCGCGAUCGGCCAAAGCGCGACUACGUUCAGAGCGACGUCGACAGUGGCUGAGUGGCAUCGCUCGGGCGGGCAGUGCGGACUGCGGGAACACCGCCGUCCGUGCCGCGCCGGGCGGCUCGUCUGUAACGUCCCUUGUUUGCAUGCCACGCUUCGACACGAGGAUCGGAGCUGCCUGUUGGUGUUUCGUCGCGCUUAUCGAGAUGAAAAUUGAAACUUCCCAAGACAUGACGUAGGCAGUGGCAGGUGCGUGAAAAAUCGCCAGAGCGGCCGCCAUGAAGAAUCUCGUGCCGUAGUUGUUAAGCGAUGUUAGUGACUGCCUCCCCGAUGGACAAUUCGCCGAACACGCUAUCGGUGGUCGAGGAGGAGGCGACGAACGUCACCGACAUCGACGACGCGUUCCCACCGCAUGUCGACACCAGCAACAUUGUUAUCCAUCCGGAAUCACCCACCAGCAAGAAACAGACACUGAAAACUUUUGCAGAGGUGAACACGUUGCUGCAGGCCAGCAGGAAGCGGGAGGCGAAAUUGAUCAUACGAGAGAACGCCUGGCCGCUUAACAACGGCAUUAGGACGCAGCUCUGGCCGGCACUCUGCGAUCAGCACGCGCACGGCAAGAACAUGCUCGACGGAUUCUACUGGGACAUGGUUAACCAGGUUUUUGGAACGACAGAAUUACCAGAAAAAUCAAUCAUGCUACCGCCGUUUGUCGAUAGUACGCAUUGCUUGUCUUACAAUUUGACAAGGAAGGGCAGAAACGUGGCGGACAGAAUCGUAUCUGUAUUAGGAUAUGCUUGUCCUGACAUUACAUACAGCCCAUCCCUUUAUCCGUUAACUGCACUUCUCUUGCAUUUUGUGCCAGAGGAGGAAUGUUACCACUGUAUGGCUACUUUGGUAGCUGCCAAAGAGAAAAUAUUCAUCACGCAAACCAAACUUCUUUAUGAAGUUACGUGGAAAACGGUAGAACAAAUCACUAAGAAACAUGUUAAAUCAGCUGCUGUACAUUUAGCGAGGCAUUGCUCCGGUUCAAGAGCAGAAAGAAUCUACAUGGACUGGAUCUGGUGGAUUCUUCAACUUCUUCCAUUUCAACAUCUAGUCAGGGUUAUGGACUGUUUUCUUCAUGAAGGCAUUAAGGUCUUUUAUCGGGUAGCUAUGGCUAUAGUUUUAUUAUUUUAUAAGCAUUCUUCGCCGCAGAAUUCCGAAUGGAUGAAUGAGAUUUCAAAGAAUGGGAUAGAUGCCGCUCUAUCAAAGUUCUGCAGACAAAUGCCAGUGACACCUGCUAAAUUUUUGCGCACCGCUUUUGGGAUACGCGGACUCAGCUCAGCAUACAUAUCGCGAGUAUUUCUGCGCACAGAAAUGGCUCUUAAGAGCAAGAGCGUCCUGACAGGGUCCCGAUCCUUGGCCAGGUCACGUUCGACAGACAAUCUACCCACCAGUCAGUCCCAAGUCAACAUUCAGAUGAUGUCACACACACUCACAAUACGAGAAAAAGAAUGUGAAGACACGUACAAAGACAGGGGCGCACACAGUCCUGGACCACGCGCCUUAUCAAUGGGCGUUUAUCCCAUACAAAGUAUAUGCUCCCAGAUCCUAGACAUGCCUGAUUUAUUUACCCUAUGGUCAUGGCUACCGAUGAGGAUCACGAUGUAUCAGCCUACCUUAUUAUACACGACUGAAGAACAUGGAUGUUCUUUGACGACGUUCUAUGUGCGAGUUGAGCAGCAUGAACCGACCCUUCUGAUGAUAAAAACCUGUAAUAACGAGGUAUUUGGAGCCUAUUGUUCUACUAGAUGGUGCGAACGUAAUUUGAAAGAUGAUAAAGGUCAAAGACAAGCAUACUUUGGUACUGGUGAGACAUUCCUGUUCAGUUUGUAUCCUGAGAGAGCCAAGUAUCCUUGGGUUGGUAUGGAUUCAUCGCACAAUGACUCAAGAGUACAUCAUUCAGCCGAGCUAUUUAUGGCUGCUGAUUCGAAGAUGAUAACUAUCGGUGGCGGGGACGGUCAGGCAAUCUGGAUGGACGAAAAUAUAAGAUUCGGUAAAACGGAUCGAUGUUCGACCUUUAACAAUCCACCUCUCUGCGCUAAUGGUGACUUCGAGAUUAGAGUGUUAGAAGUGUAUGGCUUCGCCGGUGCCUGAAGAGGGAAGAAACAGCGGUGUAUUAGUUUGUUUUAUUCCCUACUGCCAUUUAGUGACUCUCUUUCUACAUAUACGUACUAAACACUGUGUUAUAUGUCAUGAAUGUGUCUCCGCGUAUCAUUCUCUUUAGUAAAUUCGUAUGUAAAGAAUAUACAAUGUGAGAUUACAUUAUAUAAGAGGACAAAAAUAUUCUAUUUG